AUGAAAACACAUCAUUACAACGAAGGGCUAAAAAUGAAAAAUCCGCGUCUAAGCGAAAUAACCACUAUUCCAAUAAGACAACUACACUCCCAAUUCGACAACACCGAGAAUGCCACCACCAAAUCUACAACUGUCGAUGAGUGGCUAGAUAUUUUCCCCCAAGCAGCAAUAUUCACUGGGUUUGAUGACAUCUUAUUUGACUAUGUGAUAACAAUUGUCCACCGCAACCACGAAAAUAUCUCAACAAAGUCAAUAACCAAAUUUGGUGUAUCCACAUACGAAAAUAUGCAACUAACCCAUAGAUCACGGUUUUGGCCCAGCUGUGAAAACUUGGACUUAAAAUACCAGCAAUCCAGAGUCAGACGAUCACUAGCCAUCAGCAACUUGAAAAACUCAAACAAAUUGCUCAACCACCACGGAAACUUACCCGAACUCCCAAACUUUGACGAAACCCAUGCCGGAUGUCUUGCCAGCAAUAUGAACCUCCUCUCCGGUAAAUCACCAAUAGAGUUUGGGGAAAAAAUGUUACAGCUAGGGCUUUUGCAGGAUCAUAGUCUAAAUUCAUACGCAAUGGACGUCAUAUACAACACCACCUCAGAAGAAAACAACCAGCUAGUCUUUCUCUUGGGGGAGCAGUUGGACCACCUAUUUGACCCGUUGUUGGAAUACAGCCCAGAGACAAUGAACUUUGUGUACACACCUCAACCGACAAAAGUCCCACAAUCAAAGUUGAUAACAUCUAUUGUGAACGAGCUAGUGACUGUACAAACCAACUAUACCACAAAACUAGUCGAUUUACUACAAAACUUGAUUACGCCAUUGAGAGCAAACAUGUUGAAUUCACCAGAUGGUAUAACAAGAGUAAAUCACGUUUUCCCUCCGACAAUAGACGAAAUAACAAGAAUCAACUGCAUCUUAAACGAGUCCUUACUAAAAGCAAAAUCAGUAAACUAUUUAGAAGUCCUACGAGUAGUUGCAAACAUUUUGCCGUACUUUUACAAACCAUAUGUCAGACACGAAGCAAACCUAAAAGGAUUUUAUCUGAGAUUGUGCAAGUUUGGAGCCACCACUAAAUACUCAGUCAGGGAAAUCGAUUCCAUUGUCACAGGAUCAUUAUUAGAACUACCUAGACUUAAAUUGAUCUUAAAGAGGCUCUAUGAUGCCAUUGAAUCCGAGAAACUAAAGUUGAAAAAUUUCGAGAAUCUUGAUGAGGAUGAAACUAUGGUAGACAAUUACUAUACCGCAGCAAUGGAGGUAAUAGACGCAUUUGGCGGACAAGAUGAACAUGUUGACCUCAAGCAAAGAAUUUUUACCCCAACCGGCAAAAUCUUGACUGAGCUAGCUACCAACUGGCCUGCUGAGUUGCACUACGGGUGGCUUUCCCGAAAAGUCGUUGGCAUAUUCAAAUUACAACACACCUUGGUGGUCAUUUUCAACGACUACCUUCUAUUCAUAAACAUAAUCGACAACAACGGAUACUUGCAAGAACUGCAUUUAAAAAAGAUCUCUGUGUCAGAUGCACUUAUGCACUCGUUGAUGAACGAAAAACCAUUGCCCAAUUUGUCAUGUUUCCCAGCGAUGGAAGUUUCUGCCUGGUGCAAUAUCAAUGAAGUGUUAGCUACUUCAUUUGUUGGCCCAGAAAAUGCUGAUUUUAUUCGUUUCUUGUGCACAUCGUCAUCCGGAUUUCAUUCCAUGUCAGGCAUCCCCCACUUCAGUAAAACAUUCCAUUGCGAAAACGCCACCCCCAACACCAUAAUCGAUCUCAUCACCAAAGCUCGUCUCCUACACAAAUUCUCACCGUUCCAUUUGUUUAAGGCAGACGACAGAUACCUAAACAUUUACUACACCGCUCAUGAGGAUAAAGUAUAUGAAAGCGAAAUCAGCCAGUCACCAUUUGUAUUGUUCCUAAAUAUGAAGCUUGACGUCCCAAGGUAUUUUGAAACUCGUCCAGAUUUGCAAUUGAUAUUACAGGCUUCGUUUGUUGGCGAGGAUAAAAUACAGAUUACAGGAUACAACAAACCCAGCCAAGAACAAAUUAACGAGUUUGUUAGAGCAAACGAAUUUCUGGACUUUUUGAAACACAAAGUUUUCAAUUGCUUUAACACCAUUUUUCUGACCUAUAAUAAAAUCACCCGUUGUCUAAUUAAAGCCAACGCCGAUCAACUUAAAUUUGUUGUUGAUGAUGACGUUCCGAGUCGAAGCGAAGCAACAACGUUGGAUGAAGUGAAAUUUACACCUAAACAUGACAAGUAUCCUUCAGAACCAAUUACAAUCGUUAAUACGCCUUUGGACAACAAGGUAAGUCCACCGAUACGCAGAAGAAGGUCGAUCUGUGACAUAUUGAAAAAAGGUACCCCGGAUACUACACUUAAACGAGACAUAUCCAACACGUUUAUUCCGCGUGGUGACAAGAUUGAAUACACAAAUACUUUAAACCCAAUUCCUACCUUACGCAGAGUUGCGCAAGAUACCACGGUGAUGCAUUACGAAAUCGAGUCACCAGAUGAUCGCACAACAAUAACUACCUCGGCACCUUCCGUCGACGUCCUGCCCAACUUCCAAUUCCCAGUAGUAAACGAUCCUGUUAUUCCAAAAUCAGCAUCUACUAUCAAAAGGAUUGCAACCAUUGAUAGCAAUAGAAUUCAUCUUGAAAAAAGAUCCGGAAAUACUAGCAAUUAUAAGCUUUUGCCAAUUGGAAAAAAUAAAUUCGAUUCUUCGCCCAAUUGGGAGAGCAUUAGUAUCAGCAGAGAAAGUUCAAUAAGAACAAAUGAACAACCUCCCAAAAAGUUUGACGAGGAAGUGGCAAAUCGUGUUGUUGAUGUUUCGAAUUUAUUCAAAUCCAAAAAAAUAGAACGCUACCCAUCAAAGAAACCAGACGAUUCUAACCCAAAGACUAUUAGAACAACAAAGCCUACCAUUAGAGCUUUUUCAAAAAAAGUAUUUGCCCCGCCACCACAAAUUACACGUGAUGAUUCAGCUGUUUCUAUGACGGUUUCGGAAAUGACAAAUGAAUUCAGUCACUUUAUCGACACCGAAUUUGGAAAUGCUGCACCUCCUCCUGCUCCCUGCAACACUAGCGCUAUAACAUUGACAAGCAGUAGCGAUGACGAAGAGUUUUUUUCGCCUAACGAAGAGCCAAAUCAUAUAAGAGUACCAAGUCAAUCUGAAUCGAGUGAGGCCACCAUUACGUCCACCAGACAUAAACAGCCUUUGGUCAACGAUGACUCGGUAACUCGGUUAUGUGCAUAUUUAGAGAAGUCUGUCGACUUUGGUGUAUUUGAAAUCUAA